UCUUAACAUGUGCAGAACUAAUCUAAUCGGCAGACGAUCGCACGCGCUCGUGGUCGCCUGCUGUACCAUGUUACCGUGUUUGCCGCCAAUAACGAAUAUACUUUGGAAAUUAAUUAUUUAAUUAAUUAAUUGCUUAAUUAAUGGCAUAGUUGUGAUUGUUUGGGACGUAUGAAGUGAAAGGCAAAGUUUGGAUAAAUGUAAUGAAUUAUUAUUUUUUAAUUAGGAAUCAAGUGACAUUUAUUGGAAAAUAACAUGACUUUAUUAUUUGAUUUAAGAUCUAUAUUACUUUGAUCAAUAUUAUUGUAUGGAGUUUUAAGUCUCAUAACAGAAACGAAGUCAGAAGAAUGAAAAACUAUGUGGUCGUUUUGGUUCAUGCCUUUACCGUUUAUAUAGUGGUCUCAGUUGACCCAGAAGUAGUAACAACAAACGGCCGAAUUCGAGGCUUUGAACAGGCAUCAUACAGUAACAAAAUCGUUUCUACUUUUCUUGGGAUUCCAUUUGCUGCGCCACCUAUCGGAGAUUUAAGAUUCAAACGACCAGAACCGUUACAAAACUGGUCAGAUACGAAAGACUGUAAAGUGCUUCCAAAUUCAUGUCCACAAAUUAAGUUCCACACAUUUAACAAUACUGCUGGUCAAAUUGGCGAAGAAAUGUGGAAUUAUAAUACAAAUAUUAGCGAAGAUUGUCUUUAUUUAAAUAUAUGGAAACCAAAAACAACUUCAGGGAACAAAUUGACAACUCUUGUAUGGAUAUUUGGUGGCGGCUAUAUUUAUGGCACUUCAACUCUUGACCUUUACGACGGAACUUAUUUAUCAGCAUACGCCGAUGUGAUUAUUGCAUCUAUAAAUUACAGAGUCGGUCCAUACGGGUUCUUAUAUAUGGGUAAUUCUGAAGCGCCUGGGAAUGCAGGACUUAUGGACCAGGCUGUUGCCCUAGAAUGGAUAUAUAAUAAUAUAGACUCUUUUGGUGGCAGCAAAGAUUCUAUAACUAUUUUUGGUGAAAGCGCAGGAGCUGCAAGCGUCUCUUAUUUAAUGGCGUCAGAUUUAUCAAAGAACUAUUUUCAACGUGCAAUUUUACAGAGUGCUUCGUUACUUUCGACAUGGGCAUAUCAAACACCAGACGUUGCAAUGAAAUACGCUCAACUUUUAGCGGAUGAAGUUUCAUGUGGAGGUAAAUCUGCUUCAGAAACUGUUCAAUGUUUACGACGGGCCUCAACAGACGAUUUAACUAAUAAAGCAUGGAAUCUUCCCAUGACGCAUGUGCAAUGGCCUUUUGCACCUACGCUAGAUAAUUAUUUUAUUCACAAGAGUCCAACAGAGAUUAUGAAAACUGAUUAUUUUGCAAAUAAAGACAUUUUAUUUGGUUUCAAUAGAGAUGAAGGCAGUUUUUUCCUUUUAUACUAUUUAAUAGACAAAAUGAAUUAUCCUACAAGUAGAAAUAUGAGUCGGAGUGAUUUUGUAGAGGAGAUUCCAUAUAUAGUAUCACUCGAUGGAUUGUCUCUUAUUAAUGGAGACAAAGACAGAUUACUUUUUGAUGCAAUUUUGUUAUAUUACAAUGCCUGGAGUAAUGCAACUACGUCACAAUACUACUUUGACGUCUUAGACGAUAUAGCGGGAGAUUUUAAUUUCAAAUGUCCAGUAGCAGAAAUGGCCGAUCUUCUUAGCCGUUACCCUAACAGAAACGGGACACUUUAUGGUUACUUCUUUGACCAGUUAACCUCAGCACGUGAUUGGCCGGAGUGGUCCGGUGUUUUACAUGGGGAUGAAGUAGAAUAUGUAUUCGGAGUGCCUUUAAAAUUAAUCAACCGUAAAUAUAGCAGCAAUGAACAGUUUUUGUGUAGAAAUAUGAUGGAUUAUUGGACAGAUUUUGCAAAAACUGGUCAUCCGGAAGUUCAAAAAUGGAAGCAGUUUACUUCAGAUAACCACCAAUACGCUUUAUUGCAAGGUGGGAGAGAAAUUGCUAUGGAAACCAUAGACCUAACUAGAACGUGUCUGUUCUGGUCACAGUAUAUACCACGGUUAAAAAAUACAUCCACUACACUGAACACCUGUGUCAACAAUGGAAGCAGACUGCACGUAUCUAUGCACAUGUUAGCAGUAACCUUGACCUUUAUGUGGAUGUAUUCACGUUUAUGGCAAUGAUGAACCUUUAAAGAUAGCUACCUCAAAACUAAUGAAAAUAAUUCCAUCGAAGUGCAUUCCUCAUGAAACAUCCAUUACAAGUGCCUAACAAUGCAAAUCUAUAUGUAAAAUAGCAGCGUGCAAUAUGAAGCUAAAAAAAUACACAUGUGUCACGUGAUAUGCCACGUGUCGUAUGUGAAAAAGGUUUUCCCCAGUUACAUAUAGCAACGAGAACAACAACGAAUAUCAACAAAUUCGUUUUUAACAGUAGCUUUCCUGUAGCAUGUAUAGUUCCAUGAAGUUUAUAAAAUAUCAUUUUUGUGAAAUCGUUUGAUCAUUGAUACUUGGAACAGUAUAUCUAUGUUCCGGACCAUAUGAGUAUUUGGACCAUACGCGUAUGGUCAUGACCGUAUGCGUAUACUCAUAUGGUCCGACCAUACGCGUAUGGUCCGACCGUACGCGUAUGGUCGGACCAUAUGAGUAUAUACUCGUUUGGUUACA